CCUGCUAAUAUAUUGAUUGUCGUGUGUAUGCGUUUGUCACAUUCUCUCUGUACGCAGAACAGAAGCUGCAGACGAUCAGAGCCUCGUUUUCAAUUCGAGGGUGAUUUAUGCAUGAAUGUGUUGAUGCUGUUUUGAAGAACAAGAAGCCAAUGUUGCAAGUUUUUUUCUUCCAUUUUGCUGAUUUCAACCUAACACUAAAACCUAUGUAUAAUGUCUAUUGACCUGCUUCAUCGCCAAAUCGGCUUCGAUUUGCCUUGAAUGGAAACGCGGAAACGGCAACUCGCCAUGGGUUUUUAGAUAAUAUUCUUAAUUAUCAUUUUGGGAUAUUUAUUAUCUACUGAUGCUUAUACGAAGGAAAGUGAUUUCAUCGGCUAGUUUUAAUGUCCAAUGUCUGAGCUUCCGCCAAAUGCUGUUACCUUUGAUUGGAAUUGUCUUACGGGGGUGAUCAUUUGUGGCGCACACGUGGCACCGUUUGUUAAGAGAGGGAUGACCACUGUUAUGCGAAGACCCUCUGCAACAUCAAACGAUAUACGUAUAGGAAACCACAGAUCAUCCAGUUACGCCACCCCGGGCGAUUCCCCUCCCUCCAGUCCCGCUCAGACAGGGAGUCGGUCUACCAGAGCCUGCUGCUUUUGUUGGUGCUGUUGUUGUACUUGCUCAUGUUUAGCUGUUAAGACGGGAAACGGGUCACCGGGAGGGUCACGUGACAAAACAAUUACUGUACAGAAACCAGACGAGCCCCCAACACCUGAGGAAAUACAGAGUUGGGGAGAGUCAUUUGAUAAACUCAUGAGGAAUUAUGCAGGGAGAAAAACGUUCAGAGAAUUUCUACGCUCAGAGUAUAGUGAAGAAAACAUGCUAUUCUGGUUAGCGUGUGAGGAAAUAAAGCGUGAGGAUAACCCGGAAGUAGUCGAGGAGAAAGCUAGAAAUAUAUACGAAGAUUAUAUAUCUAUAUUAUCACCUAAAGAGGUUAGUUUAGAUUCACGAGUACGAGAAGUGAUAAAUAGGAAUAUGGUUGAUCCUACUCCACAUACAUUCGACGAGGCACAAUUACAAAUAUAUACUUUAAUGCAUCGAGAUUCUUAUCCUCGUUUUUUAAAUUCUCAGAUAUAUAAAAAACUGCUACAGCAGAACUCUUAAUCUUAGGAUUUUCCAAUUACUGUUCAUGUGUUGCAUUAUGUCUACUGUGAGACGAUGACGUCAUAAAAGUGACAGAAGAAGUGAUGUGUGAAAAUGUGUCAGUGCAAUAUAUCUGGUUUUCUAGUCACGUGACGGACCACUGGUAGCCCCUGUACCAUUCACAUAGAAUGACAACCUACAAGAUGAACAAGAACGAUAACUCAAAGAGAAAUAUUGUUAUUGACUUUAUGUAAUGUGGUUACACGUAUAUAUACCAUGUGGCUCUUUUUCCAUAUCCUCAAAUCGAUAUGAUAUUUUUCUUACCUAUCAAUGUUGUCUUGUUCUAGGAAUUUGUGAGGCGUGCCGGAUAUGACGACAAUUAGUGUUUCUAAUAGAUAGUUUGGUGAUUGUGCGUUGCCCUCCUUUUAUCUUAUCAAAUCAUGCUGACGAUUUGAGGGAUGGAGUGUCUAGGUAAAACAUGUAAGAGAGAACAGACUUUGAUUUAUUAUCUAUUUAUUAAUUGGGCAUUCAGUUCCAUUUUAAUAACUUGAAAUUAUGUCUGCCCUGAAAAACAAAACACUAAUUAGGUUGUUAAAUAUCUUUACAUUAACUGAUACCCAGGUAUAUUUCUCAUUCCUAAAUAUUUUUUUAUUUAUUCCAUAUUUCAAGUGUUUUCUUUCGAAAUUUAUCGUUGCAAAGGUAUUAUAAUAUAUUCCACUUUCCCAUAAAGUAACAAUUGAAUUUUUUACUUGGAUUCAUAUCAUAAAGCAUAUUGAUCAGGUGAUGCUCAUUUCCGUGUAUCAUAGUUAAUGUCCCAAAUUUUCAGAAAAAAGAUCUUUUUUACUUAAUUAUCCAUUUCUUAUUCUGUUAUUCUCUGAAGAGCCAUAACCAUUCUUUUCAUAAUAAACGAAUAAAAUAAGAUAAAAAAGGGUAGAUUCACAAAUCGAGAGUGUUUGAUAAUAUUAGUAAAGGGUUAUUCACAGAAAGUGAAUAGAAAAGAUUCUUUAUACCUUAAAAAAAUCACUGAUGUUAAUAAGAUAAAAAGUUUUAACCAUUAUUUACUGUGAUGCAUCUUUUAACAACGGAACCAACAGGUUGCUGUUU